GUGACCAUGCACCCGUGAAACCACUAUCAAAAUGUGGUCACUACUCUUGACAUCAUUAUUUCUCAAAGCCUUUAUACCAGUCUAUGUUUCCGGAUAUAAGAUUGACCAAUCUUGUGAAGACAAAGGCAUUGCGCAGGACAUCCGGGAUGCCAUGACGUCGGCUUUCGAGAAAGCUUACGAUGCAUAUGGAAUUCUGGUCUCCCCUCCCUUACACGCCGAGGCGCUCGAACUUCUAGGGUUUCUGUUCGCGAAAGACGGCGUGGACCCUGCUAAGCUUGUAGAAGAGGGCAAAAUGGCAAAGACUAUCAGCGUGUUGCAAAACAUAAAUACCAACAUGCGGAACGAAGUAACUGGUCACGCCAGUGUACUUCCGAAAGAUGUGGUAUGGUCGAAGAAAAACGCUUUCAGCAUUCCAGGAAGGGUCUAAUCUCUGCCUUAGGUCAUUUUUUGCCAUUUCAAUCGCUGGAAGCCUGUCGAGGGAGAGGAAGAUCUUUGGCGAGAUACUAGUAUGUGGCACUUGACUGUUCCUUGAACAAAGACUAAUUACGCAUAGCAAAUGGUAUCAAACUGAAAUUCAAGGAGCAACAAUGUAGAGGAGGCACAAAUCUUGAUAAAGUCGCUCUAGCUGUGACCUUCAACCCGGAGACGGAAGAUGAGGACAUUACCUGGAGGAAUGGCGUAG